UUUUCUGCUCUGCUGUCAGCUGGCCCAAACAAAUAUGGGCUCCGUUGAAUAACAUUUGAACAUCGAGAUGAAACCGGAGAUUUUGUAAACCAUGGUGGCCAUAAAAACCCUAGGGAAGACUGCUAUAUACAUCGCAAUUGGCGGUAUCACCGCUACAAUGUUCAUGAAGUUGAAAUUGGAAAGCCGAGUUCGAGAUCAACCCUAUUACCGGGAAUCUAUGAAAAUUCUCCGAGCGCAUCCAGGUGCGAUCACGUUGCUUGGGGAACCGAUUAAGGAUAUGGGUUUCGAUUUUGGAGAGCAGAGUAAAAAGUAUAAUGACGGCAAGAUUGAUGGGUUUUCCGUCGCGGUCAAAGGAACUAAUCAACGUGGGAAACUGCAUUUCUGGGCGGAGCACAAAGAAGACAAGUGGAACAUAACUCGGGCAGAGUUGGAACUGGAUAGCGAACCAGAUCGGAGGUUACUCAUACAAAAGAUUUGAUAUGGAAAUUGUACAUUGUUAGGAUAGAUUAGGCUAUCAAAAUAUAUCAAGUUCAAACAAG